GCAGCGCCGGCGCGCAGGGCCAGCGGGGCACGAUGCGCUGCGCCGUGGUGGAGUACAGGGGCUGGAAGGAGGGCUACCCCUGCGGCUACUGCGCCUCGGCGCAGGGGAAGGUCUCGGCGGGUAUGUGGGCACAUUCGAUGACAGUUCGAGAUUACCAGGAUCUCAUAGAUAGAGGAUGGCGAAGAAGUGGAAAAUAUGUCUACAAACCCAUCAUGAAUCAAACAUGUUGUCCUCAAUAUACAAUAAGAUGUCAGGCUUUGCACUUUCAGACCUCCAAAUCUCACAAGAAAGUUCUGAAAAAAAUGUUGAAAUUUAUUUCUAAAGGAGAAGUUUCGAAAGUGAUGAGUGGAGAAGAAUCUAUGGAUUCCCACAUAGAGGAUAUAGUCUCAUGCAGUUAUGAAUACAGAAGUGAAUCUCAUGUCAGUCAGGCUGAAUUGACGCCUUUGAGUGUGGAUCACACAGAGAGAGUGGAGACUGAAGACAAGGAUAAAGAACAAAUGAAAGGAGAGGUGAAUGUGCAAAAGGUGGAAUCUGGUUCUCUUCAGAUCCAUGUAGCUAAAGACACAUCAGUCCCUGGAGAACCAUCGCAUUCGACUAAAAUUGUUCAUGCAUUACCCAAGCCAGGCAAAGGGGCUGAUCUGAACAAGCCACCCUGUCGAAAAGCAAAAGACAUACGUAAAGAAAGAAAAUUGCAAAAGCUUCUUCAGAACCAGAUGUGCACAUGUGAAGGCUCUUCACUUCAAGCAGGGGAUCAAGUUUUACUCUUGCAAAACUCUAAAUCUAAAGCGAAUCAACCUAAAACCAUUGAAGACUUCAUUUUUGCCUCUUUACCUGAUGAUGCAGCACACAAGUUAGAGGUGAGGGUGGUGAGAUCAUCUCCACCAAGUUCACAGUUCAAAGCCACAUUUCAGGAGUCUUACCAGGUCUAUAAACGUUACCAGAUGGUUAUUCACAAGGACCCACCUGAUAAACCAACUAUAAAUCAGGUGAGGUUAGUACCUGUCUCCUUUGAGGACCCACAGUUCAAAUCAUCCUUCAUCCAAUCAGCCGCUUUAUUUGCCAAGUAUCAGAUGGCUAUACACAAGGAUGCACCGUCUGACUGUGGCGAAAAUGAGUUCACACGAUUCCUCUGUGAUUCUCCACUUGAGGCAGAGAAUCUUCCAGAUGGACCAGAUUGUGGCUAUGGUUCUUUUCACCAGCAGUAUUGGCUAGAUGGGAAGAUAAUUGCCGUAGGUGUAAUCGACAUACUUCCCUACUGUGUGUCCUCCGUGUACCUGUACUAUGAUCCAGACUAUUCUUUCUUAUCUUUGGGAGUCUACUCGGCAUUACGGGAAAUUGCUUUUACUAGGCAACUCCAUGAAAAAGCUCCUGAUCUCUGUUUUUAUUAUAUGGGUUUCUACAUUCAUUCAUGCCCUAAAAUGAGAUACAAGGGUCAGUAUAGGCCCUCUGAUUUGUUGUGUCCUGAGACAUAUAUCUGGAUGCCUAUUGAGCAGUGUCUACCCCUACUUGAGCAUUCUAAAUAUUGUCGUUUCAACCAGGAUGUAAAAGCAGUUGAUGAAGGUCACAUUAAGGAACUGGGCAGAGUUAGAGUACUCCACAAGAGAACCAUCAUGCCUUACAGCAUAUAUAAGAAAAAAAGGAAGGGGCCAAGUGAUGAAGCCAGUGUUCAGCAAUACGCAAGUUUGGUCGGACAGGCCUGUUCAGAAAGAAUGUUGUUGUUUAGAAGUUGAAAAAUCAUUAAAGGGCACUUCAGUGUCCCCACAGUUUAUUGUACUGCCACUGGAUGUUAUGUAAUAUAGUUGUGUGUUAGUAUGCUGAUUAAAAUAACAGUAAAAAAUACAGAUCAAUAUAUAGGUUUGUGUGAAUACAUGGUACUUUAUUUAAAGGCAAACUCCAUUAAAAGUUCUGACAAUACAGUAAGGCUUUAGCAAUAUAAGCUUGGAUAAACAUGCUUGCAAUAUAUUUUAAUUAAGUAGUUAUAGCUUUUCCUUGCAUUUUGAAUAAUGCUAAGCAUCUAAGCAAAAUGAAAAACAGUUGUCUUUUUUUAUAGAGACAAAGGUUAACUAUAUCUCAGCUAACAAUACUUUAAUUACGAAUGUUUUUUAGGUAGCACCUUGGAUAUCAAUUAUUAAAAACUGCCAUAAAAUUUAUGCUCAGAUUUGUAUGCUUCUGAACUAUUGCAAGAAAACUGAAAUGUUCAGUUACCUUCUAAUGUGGAAUUUGGAAUUGUUUAAUUCUGCUUCAAUAGUAUAUUUAAAAAUAGGAAGAAAUAUUACUUUACACAACACAUUCUUCAUUUGUUUGAAAUAGUAGGUUAGUGUCUGAGAUCCUAGUGAAUGCAGAAAUUCAUAGUAGAUUCUCAGUGGUGGGGGAUGCACUGCUUUGGAAAACUUUCUCUUUUAGAAAUGAAACAGAAUAGUUGCACUAUUAAUUUACCAAUUUACCAAAGACAUACAGCCAAGUGGCACAGAUUUUUUUUUUUUUUUUUUUUUGAUAUCAGUCUUAUCCUUUGCCUGAAAAAAAUCCAGAUAUUGUAAUGCACAUCAUUAAUGUGAAACAGGUUUUGAGAGGUUUAUCCUGCAGGUCUUUAGUACACAUUUAAGAAAUAUGCUCCAAAAUAACAUGAGGUACCAUUGCUGUUUUACAUUGCAUUUUUUUCUGCAGCAUUCUAUCAAGAAACUUGCAUAUCUUACAGCUGGAGUUUUAGUGACUUUUUCAUUUAUGUUGCAGCACUCACAGGUUAAAAUUUUUAAUAAUAUUUUACUAAGUAUUUCUACUGUUGGAAACACAGAAAGUUGCGAUGCUUUAUCAAAGCACUUUAUUUUAUAAUUGAAUGUUAUCGUUAAUAGUUUUUGUGUCAAUAUCAAGUUAUACAACUUUUAGGAAUUUGGGGAAAUAUACUCUGUUAUAUUUCAGUUAUAUAUUACAAUAUCAUAACAAUCCCACUGCAUUGAUAAUUUGCUUAUCUUCUUGGAUAACAUGGACUUGUAUUUACCCUGUAUCAACUAGAAUUUUCCUGUUAGCCUGUGAAGAAAAUAAUUCCUGCUAGAGAAUGUGUAAAGUGUUUUUUUUUUUUUUUUUUUUUUCUCUCUCUCUAGAAAGAAUUCAGAUUUGACUUUAAUCUUUGAGGUUUACAUCUCCUGCCCUUGAUUUCAUUUUAAACACUUGGCCAGUAUUUUUAAUAUUAAUCAUUGAUUUUUAUGUGGAAUGAGAGUAAGAAUUUUAUAUUCAAGUGCAUUGCAGAUCUAACCUUUUUUUUUAUGUCAGUUUGAUCAUUGUAGUGUUGUUGGCAGAGGUUCAAUGGUAAUUGUUAAAAUUUUUUUGGUGUUCAUUGAGAUUUGUUGCACCGAUCUAUUCCUGUGCAACAAAAUUGAUUAUUUUUGUCAGCAUUAUAUCUGGUAUUUGUUGAUCCAUUAUUUAGAACACAGAAAUUACUGUAUGCUGUAAUACUUAGUUUGUCCAUGUUUUAUCUCCUGUCACAGGAGAAACACUAGAUGCUAUUUGUGAACAUUUUUACUCCUGUUGGGAAUGGGGAGGAAAGGGAGAGAAAUACUCUCUCCACUCAAUGAAAUGUCAAAAAGUAUAACAUUUUCUGCCUAUGUAGAGUGUUGAAGAGCAAUGUUGUCCAUAUAGCUUAAAAACAAAACAGAUGAGGGAACCCUCUAAUAUCAUAUAAAAUUAGCUAAAGAGCACAGAAGAAUUCCACGAAUUUCAAGAAUUCCAAGAAUUUCAAAACUUUCACAGUCUUGAAAAUUAUCAGAACUGUGUAAUGAUUGUCUUGCUGUGCUCCUGUUGAAAUUAAUAGAUACAAUUGCUGUUAAAUUCCAAGGAGAGACUUUGGCUAACGUGGAGAGUUCAGAAGAAUUCCUUGCUUUGUGCCCAGUGGUUGCUACUGAUAUGCCUUCCACACAUUCAUUAGACUUUUUCUGAUGUGCUGUUUCUCUUCUUGGGGAACUUUCAGGGCCUAGAGUUAGAGUGAGAUAUGUAUAAAAACUGAAAAUUGAAUGCAGCUUGAAGUUGUCGUUAGGGUGACAACUAAAUGGCAGAUGACCAUUUCCUGUGAAUUCUGAAAUGGUGCUUUCAUUUUCAGAUCUGCACUGAAACCGCAGUAACUGCCACAGAGUGGCCUCCUGAUUUUUGUUGAACUCAAAUUUAAAAUAUUGAGUCAAAUCCCAGCCUCCUAAAUUGAAUGAAGGAAUCAAUUGGGUUUGCUCAUUUGAUCUAAAAUGCUGAGAUCUGACUCUCUUUUUUAGUGAUAUUUUAGAAGAAAGUUAGUGCACUAUUUUUAAGGACUGAUUAUUAUAUCCUUAUUUUAAAAAUGGAAUAGAGUCCUGAGGAUGAUGUUCUGUAAGUUUUGCCAAGGGUUUUUUUUAGUUUGACUAGUUUGUGAGAAUUACUCCCCCCAAAUAAAGUUGCCUUGUUCUAUUAUUUGUUGCUAAAUGAGCGUAAAAAGGUGGUAAGAAAAUGCAGAGCUGUUAUCGUUGCUAAAAAAUACCAUGCUUUGUUUUAAUUGGAAAUAAAUGGGGAGCUUGUUCAUUUACAGCAUCAACAAAUUUCAGUAAAUGCAAAAGAACUCGCAUGUGGAGUUUGUAAUUGCUUUUCAGCAGGCCUGUGUAAGAAUAGAAAAUAAAGUUACUUCCAGUCUCUCUGAA